AAGAGGAGCUUGGUCUUAGGCCUGAAAAUACGCAGCCCCUGGAGAGAGGGCCGUCGGACGCCGGGCAGAAACUACAGUUUUCCAGGGAGCUGAAAGUGGAAGAAGAUGAUGCUGCAGAUCUUUGGAAGCUGCACGAGAGUGAAAAUCACCUGCAGGGAAGGACGAAGCAAACAGAGCAACACGGGGUGCCUCCGGAGAGAGCGAACAGCGUUGCUCUACCUUUUUGUGAUCCAGAAGAGAAUCUUGGAGGACAGCAGGGAGUCUACCGCAUGGAGGGGACUCCGUUUGUCAUCAGUGACGAGGAUGGUAUGAAAGCAGAAAUCAUUGUCUUCUGUUCAGACACGCAGAAGGAGAAAAGAAAACAGUGCUUGGUGUGUGGGAAAAGCUUCUCACGAAACUCAGCCCUUACCCGGCACGAAAGGAUCCACACGGGAGAAAAAGCAUACAGAUGUUUCCAGUGCGACAAAAGUUUCUACGAUAAGACAGCCCUGAAAAGACAUCAAAGAACCCACAAUACCGAUCGAGGUUAUCCUCGUGUCUCUCAAACCCAGCCAGGUGAGAGUUUGCCUCUUCCUUCCUCAGACCAAAUCACACAGAACAUUUGCGGCGAAUGUGGGAAACAGUUUGACAGUGCACUGGACCUAAAUGUCCAUAAAAAAAUUCACCAGGAGCAGAAUCCCAAUGGCAGGACAGGGAGUGGAGAGACAUCUGGAAAAAAACAAACUCUGGAGCAGAAGAAACAUCCAGAGCCCCUUGCUGUACAGAAAACUUACAAGUGUCCUGAGUGCGAGAAAAGCUUCAUUUGGGUUUCAUCAUAUCACAGGCAUAAAAAGAUCCAUUUGAGGAACAAAUCUAUCCCACUUUUGUAUCAAAAGAAAAGCUUCAAGCAAGGGUCCCAUCUCAUGAAAUUUCAGCCUUCCCUCAUUGGAAAGAAACACUAUAAAUGCCCUGAAUGUGAGAAGAGUUUCCCGGAGCUCAAAUCCUUGGAAAAUCAUAAAAAACUCCACCAGACAGUAAAACUAAAAAGCUCUUCACAAAUGGCACUUGAGACAAAAGACAAAACCUGUUCGGAGUGCGGGAAGUUUUUUGAUCGGCUGUCCCACCUAAAAAGGCACCAACGGGUCCAUACGGGCGAGAAACCUUACAAGUGCCCGAAAUGCGAGGAGAGUUUCAUGUGGCAGGGAGCUUUCGUAAGACACCUGAAGGUCCAUAAGAAGCAGAAGCCAAGUCCUCUGGUGCCAAUGGUGUCCGUUUCACAGGAGAAACCUAAUCAGUGUUUGGAGUGCGGGAAGUCGUUCAGACAACACUCGGACCUCAUGCGACAUUGGCGAGUCCACACUGGUGAGAAGCCCCACAGAUGUACGGAAUGUGGGGAGUCCUUCAUGUGGCCUUCGUCUCUCAAUCUGCAUCGGAAGAAGGUCCACAGAGGGAAGCGAUUGGUCCCCCUCCUCCAAAAAUUACCCCUGGGGCAAGGGAGAUCCUACAAAUGUUUCGAGUGCGGUAAAAGAUUCGACCGUUCCUCGAGUCUAAUAAACCACCAGCGCACUCACACCAGAGAAAAAACAUACCCGUGCACCAGUUGUGAGAAGAGUUUUAUGUGUGCUCGCUCUCUUCUGAGACACCGAAAGAUCCAUGAGACCAGGAAAGCAGGAGGCCCUUUGCCCCCAAAAGCCACUCUGGGAGAGAAAUCCUAUGUCUGUUCCGAUUGCGGGAAACGCUUUGUCUAUUCGUAUCUCUUGAGUCGGCAUCGACGCAUCCACACCGGAGAGAAACCGUACAAAUGUGCAAAAUGCGGCGAGAGCUUCAGGUGGGCUUCCUCGUUUAGCCUGCACCAAAAGAAGGUCCACGCAGACACGAAGGCGGCUCAUCUCCUCCCAAGACAGUCGGACAGGCAGAAAAAACCGUACGGGUGUUUGGAGUGCGGGAAAGAAUUCAGGAUACCUUCCCAUCUCUCAAGCCAUCAGAGCACUCACACCGGGGAGAGGAAGCAUAAGUGCACCACUUGUGGGAAAAGUUUCUUCUGGCAGUCCUCGUUAUCGGUGCAUCGUAAGGAUUUUCAUAAGAGCGAGGAAAAGGAACCGGUCCCCGCUUUGCAACCCGUAUCUCAGGGGCAAGGCAAUUCCAAACCCCAGCAGGUCCCUGCUGAAGGGAAAGCUUUCAAAUGCUCCAAGUGCGAAAAGAGCUUUGCGGGGUUUUCAGCUCUUCUGCGACAUAGAAAGAUCCACGAGAGAGAGAAACUCGGGCUUUUUUUCCAAACAAGACCAGACACCCCGGGGAAAUCGUAUCCCUGCACCGAGUGUGGGAAAAACUUCAAUUGGCCAUCCCGCCUCUUAAGACAUCAGCGCACCCAUUCGCAGGAGAGGCCCUGUCAGUGCCCCGAUUGCGGAGAGAGUUUUAGAUGGGAUUCGGCUCUUAAAGCCCACCAGGAGAAGACCCAUAAACAGAAGCCAGCAGCCUCUUUCCUGCCCAAAGAGGACGCGGUCAAAGCGGAAAAUCACCCCUGCGCGGAGUGUGGAGAAACCUUCAACUCCGUGUCGUCUCUUAUAAAGCAUCAGAGUAUCCACGCAGGAGAAAAACUAGAUAAAUCCAGCCACUGCGAAGAGAAUUUCCCAUGGAAUUCAGCCCUCCAAGAACCCCCGAAGGCUUGUGAGGAAAAAGAACCGGACUUCCUGCUUCAAAAUCUACCUAGUAAAUGUGGAAGCACCUACCCUUGUCUCCAGUGCGGGAAAAAAUUUCCCAAAUUGAAGCUGCUGCAGAAACACAAACGGAUCCACCUCAAGGAGAAGCGUUACACCUGCACUGAAUGCGGGAAGCAUUUCACACAAUCCGCCAGCUUGAAAAGACACUGGUUCACUCACCAAAAAGAGAAGAUGUUCCACUGCUCGCACUGCGAGAAAAGCUUCGUAUUCAAAGAUAGCCUCACGAGGCACGAGAAGUCUCACUCUGGGCUGGCAGAGCUCACCGUGCAAGUGCUGGACAAAGAAUUCCUCGCCACUCCAGAAUCACCCCAAUGCCUCGCGUCGGAGCCUGACAUAUGUGGCAGUCCCCUAGAACUCCAAGCAGAGAACCCCAUUCCAUCUUUGAAUGCUCCGGAAGUGGUGGCGACAUGAUCUCAAAAGUGGACCAAUCGAUACGGAAGCCAGUAUUAAGAAAUCGUGCUGCGUGUUUCGGCAGCAAACCUGAGGAAAGAUCACCAACCCUGACAAUUUUAACGGAAGAAAACCUUCCGGAAUCUUCUCUGAGCCGUAACAUAAUGAAAGCGAUGGUCCCACCAAAGGGGGGGUGGGGAGGGCAGAAUAUCAGCAAACCUUGAAUUUUGCCUGUCUGGGGCCACGUUGGUUUGUGCUUCCCGGACCCUUGUUUACAGUUUAGAAAUUCCAACAUGGCUGCCCAUCUGACUUUUGUUAUGGAACACAACAUCGUAUCAGUUGGCUCUUGUAUAUUGGUAGAUGCAGAUAGUUGAGUUGAGUUGGGUGGGGCAAGAGGGAACAGACUCAGGGUUUUAAGUAUAUUGACAAA